AUGAGUGAGAACAGUGCGACAGCGCAGGCUGUACCCCAAAAGUUGUCUCGAUAUCGUAGCAUGCGAGGUGGGACAACCGACGUCGAAAUGGCCGCACCACCUGCGCGUGUCAAUAAAGUCGAGGAGAACCCCUCGCUCGCUCGAAGCAGAUCCCGAUAUCGUCGCAAUCGGCCAUCGUCAAAUGGACAUAUCGUACCUCCUCCUCCCGCGAUCCCGGGCCACGCGCGAAUUCCGCCGGUACGAGAAAGUGAACGGCCCGCAACCAGUCACCCUUUGGCAACACAAAAUGAGGAGGAAGCGCGCAUGCGCGAGCUACACCGACAAGGUGCGAUGGAACAAUUGACUGGAGGGGACAAUUCUGCGCAACACACUGGGCGGCCUCGUGUGUCCGCCUCGCCAAAACAAGCUGCGCAACAAUCUCGAUCGCAACCUGCGCCGGCGCAUCCCCCAAGCAGUUACAACCCAGGAAACGAUGGGAACCGCAAAUCUUUCUUUCAGAAGGUCAAACUUGCAAGGUCCGCCAAGAAAAACGAGCCCCUCCCGAACUACAUUGGAGUGGGCGGAACCGGAGUGGUCCCAGGAGUUGAUGCUCCUGUCAGCGCUGUCAACGCCGGAGAGCGACAUGCGCUUGUCAAAUAUGGAGAUGCUACUGCGAAUCUCACUGUCACCCCGUCAACUCAGGUCCAGGAUAUAUUGGUAGAUGCCACCAAGCACUUAUCGCGGGAUAUUGAUGCGGAGAGAUUCAUUCUCAUGGAGUCUUACUCUCAAGUGGGUCUAGAGCGCCCUCUGCGCCGCUAUGAACAUGUCCGGGAAGUCAUGAAUUCCUGGUCACAUGAUGCGGACAACCAGUUCAUUGUUAUUCCUCCCUCCAGUGUGGAAGCCCUAACCCAGCUCGAUGCUGGACAUGCCCCCAGUGGACAACCACCCCCAGUGACAGUCCAUAUUUACCAUUCCCAGCAGCGCCGCAAGUGGGAUAAGCGAUAUGUCACCUUGCGUGCGGACGGACAAGUGACAAUCUCAAAAAAAGAGAACGCUGAGGAACAGACCAAUAUCUGCCAUAUAUCCGACUAUGACAUCUACUUUCCCAGCGCUCGAGCGCUAAGCAAGGAUAUCAAGCCGCCUAAGAAGCUAUGCUUCGCAAUUAAGAGCCAGCAGAAGUCGUCCAUGUUUUUGUCCACCGAAAACUUCUUGCACUUUUUCUCGACCAGCGACAAGUCUAUUGCAGAUACAUGGUAUCGGGCGGUACAGAAGUGGAGAAGUUGGUAUCUGGUCAAUAAGAAGGGCGCAGGCCCGAAACUAGAGACCGAGGCACUCCCCAAGCGUGCUGGGACGAAGAAGUCGACUAACCAGCCGAGAAAUGUGCACAACGAAGCCCCACUCCUAGAACGGGAGACUUCGACCGAAAGCUCUGAUCAACAGAGGCCCGCAAGCUCCAAAGACGUUUUUGCGCGGAAGAAAAACCUUCGUGGACACGUGCCCCCUCCGCCGUCAUAUCCCCAUACCCUCACGCUCGAUACCGAUACAGAAGGGCCUUUCUCCGACAACCAGGCAUUACUCUCGGGCAUUUCAUCCGAAGAAGGAGAUACUGCUACGUUUGCACCAUCCGGACUCUUAGGUCGAACUUACACCCAACGACAAACCGCUAUGCGGGAACGGGAUGAUCGCGACAAGAAAGCUAAACAGGAAGCCUUUUCAGGCACUGGCUUUAUGAGUGGAGGAUCCAUACACAGCCACGACUCAAAUCCCAACAGCCGGAGCAACACAAUGACCCGUGCUCCCGAUACAUCUGCUUUCACCCGAACCCUAUCUCUUAAACAGAAGCCUCUGGUUGACCUCACUCCAGUCUAUGCCGAGCCUCCACAGCAUAGCCGCAAGGGCAAGGGUCGCGGCGUCAAAGUCCAACCCGGCAUGCAACUGAUCGACGGCGCUACUGGUCCAGAUCAGACGGCAGGAGGAAUCUCCAUCCCACCAGCGACUUCGUGGCGACGACCGGCCGCAGAAACCACACCUCAGCGGCGAAACACCACCCGCAGCGUGCGCCAUCACCCAAACAAAUAUGCGGCCCCGGUUUCUGCUGAAGCAAGCCCGGCACCCCCGGCUAGCCAGUUCACCGCGAAUAGCCUAUUGGCACAUUCAGCCAGCACCGCUAGCCAUCGGAAACCGCGCAUCGGACAUGGUGUCGCAACGGGUGAUCGCAAUGCCACACGGCCGUUGCUGGACAUGUCCCCGGAGAAUCCCUUUGCAGAUGGCAGUCUGCUCCGACAGCUAUAG